AAUCCUGCCUCGUAAUAAAGGUAAAGACUAAGUCAAAACGUACUGGAAGCUACUGGGUCUUCUGCUAGCCGCUCGUAUGCCUACCUAGGUAGGGUAAUCUACUGAUUUCCAAGUAUACCAGGAAUAAGCUACUAGAUCUAUAGGUAUCCUAUUUGUCUCUAACUUUCUUACACCCGAGCCCGGUUACUCGACAAGCUGCAGCGUUCUUAAUAUUCCAUCACUCUUGUUCGUAUCAUGAUUCUCUCACUACUCUCAGGCUUAAUCCUAGCCUACUUUGGGUGGAGCGUAGCACGCUUAGAGGUGAAUGUGCGUAAAGCUCGUGCUAUCGGAGUACCCGUUGUGCGCAUUCCGUUCGACUUGAACAAUUACGUCUGGGUUAUCGCCCAACCGUUGGUAUGGGCGGCCAUAGCCUGCGUGCCGAUCCCCUGGAGUUCUUAUCCCGACUUUGUCCGCUUUUCUCACCGGAACUGGCAUUUUCUCGAAAAGAACAGCCCGAAUUCCCGCUUUGGAGCUGUCUGGGCUCUCGUAUCUCCCGGGGGCGUCCAUCUGCAUAUCGCGGAUGCGGAUGCUAUCCAAGAAAUCUGUACACGAUGGCGAGACUUUCCUCGCCCUACCCAGAUGUACCGGAUGUUAGCUGUCUACGGGCCGUCCGUCUUCACGGUUCAGCAGAACGACUGGCCUCGGCAUCGUAGAGCUGUGGCGGCGCCCUUUAACGAAGCCAUUAUGAAAUCGGUAUGGAAUCAGUCGCUCCGUCAAACUCGGGCGACGGUGCACGAUUGGAUCUCUAGAUCCGAUACCGGUAUUCGAGGUAUGCCGGAGGACAUGCAGACGAUUACGCUUAGUGUGCUCGCGGCGACGGCGUUCCCGGAAUCGUACGAGUUCGAAAGCUCUGCGCACCCGAAAGAACACGAGGCAAGCUCUGAAGGUAUCCGAGAUGCCUUUUUUAUCGUGCAUAAAUAUGCAAUCUAUCUGAUGCUGAUCCCUUAUGGCCUUAUGACCGGACCCUUGAUGCCGAAGAAACUUGUGAAGAUAGGACGAGCAGCUGCGUCGCUGAAGAAUUUCAUGGAGAAGACGGUCGUGGAGGAGGCGGGAGCGCUCUCUCGGGGCGAGCCGGGAUCGGGCGGUCUGAUAACGCAUCUCGUGCAUGCUCUCGAACGAAAGGCUAUCCGGCAGACUGGAUCCGGGGAAGAUGAAAAACCCGUGAAAGGGGGUCUCUCUAUGGACGAAGUCCUUGGUAAUAUCUUCGUGAUAAACUUUGCCGGCCAAGACACUACCUCCAUAACUCUCGCUUUCGCCGUCAUGCUUCUAGCCGCGCAUCCGGAGGUCCAACAGUGGAUCCGCGAGGAGAUUGCCGUCGUCACCCGAGGCGAACCCGUGGAUCGCUGGGAUUAUGCUCUAUUUCCGAGACUGAAACGCUGCCACGCCGUGUUCCUCGAGACGCUGCGUCUCUAUCCGCCUAUUACCGGCUUGCCCAAGAUCACAUCGGAAACGACGAAGGCUCUUCGAAUUGGUAGUCGCGUGCUCGAGAUCCCCCCAGGUACUGAGACGUACCCCAUGAUUCUGGGAGCCCAGACGGACCCGAGGUACUGGAAGGAUCCUCUUGUGUGGAGGCCGUCACGCUGGAUCGUGGGCCCGGAAAGGGGUAUCGACGAGGAGGUGGUCUUUACACCGCGAAAGGGCUCGUUCUGCCCGUGGUCGGAAGGUCCGCAGGGCUGCGCUGGGAAGAAGUUCUCUCAAGUGGAGGGGGUUGCCGUGCUUGCCUGUUUGUUCCGUACUUGCAGCGUUCGACCGAAGACCAAAGCGGGCGAGACGGAAGCGCAGGCUAGGAGACGCGCCCAGAAUUGUGCUGACGAUGUCAAUUACCAGCUUAUGCUGAAGAUGAACCACCCUGAUCGGGUCACGCUGGAGUAUGUGACAGUAUAGAAGUUUCAAGACAGAUGUAUUGUAACGAAUUUGGUAUUAUAAUAUAUCAAGCGUCACUCGUCCAAUUCAUAGUAUUUAACAUGU